GUCCAUCGUCACAGCUGGCUCUGCUUCCUAUUUAUUCAUUCAUUGCACUUUCUCUGUGUUGCGCGGUUUGUUUCUUUGUUUCAGAUCACGUUGCUGGUGCAGUGGAAGAAGAAGAAGAAGAACAAGAAGGAAGAAGAAGAAAAAGAAGAAUAGGAGGGUGAAUUGCUGUAUGUCAGUGUACUGUGCUGAGACCUAUUGGGGUGGCGGAAUCGGUGAGAUAGCGAAUCCUCUGCAAUGGCCACAGCUUCGCAAAAGGCGACGCCACCACUACCGCCGCCGCCGCCGUCCUCUUCUUGCUGUCCCGCCGCCGACUCCGCCGCCAUUCCCCGUGCCGCCGCCCCGCCGCAAGAGUGGAACGCCGCCACCGACGUCCCUCUCAUUCGUCCCGUCGAUUCCUCCACCAAUGCCUCUGCUGCCAAGGGAGUCACUGCAAUGCCAAGGCCCCAGUCCAGCCACCCUUUGGACCCUUUAACUUCUGCUGAAAUAUCAGUGGCCGUGGCAACUGUGAGGGCCGCUGGAGCUACUCCUGAGCUUAGAGAUAGUAUGCGCUUCAUUGAAGUAGUUUUACUGGAGCCCGAUAAAAAUGUUGUUGCACUGGCAGAUGCAUAUUUCUUUCCGCCUUUCCAACCAUCUUUACUUCCCAGAACUAGAGGAGGACCUUUAAUUCCAACUAAACUCCCUCCAAGAUGUGCUAGACUUGUUGUUUACAAUAAGAAAUCUAACUUGACUAGUAUAUGGAUUGUUGAGUUGUCACAAGUACAUGCUGUAACUCGAGGUGGUCAUCACCGAGGAAAAGUAAUUUCAUCACAUGUUGUUCCUGAUGUUCAGCCUCCAAUGGAUGCUGAGGAAUAUGCAGAAUGUGAGGCUGUAGUCAAAAGUUUUCCCCCAUUUAUAGAGGCUAUGAAGAAAAGGGGUAUUGAAGACAUGGACCUUGUAAUGGUCGAUCCCUGGUGUGUUGGUUAUUAUAGUGAAGCAGAUGCUCCUGGGAGAAGACUUGCUAAACCCCUCAUAUUUUGUCAAUCUGAGAGUGACUGCCCCAUGGAAAAUGGCUAUGCUCGCCCAGUUGAGGGCAUCUAUGUUCUUGUUGAUAUGCAAAACAUGGUGGUGAUAGAGUUUGAAGAUCGUAAACUUGUUCCCCUUCCACCAGUUGAUCCCUUGAGGAAUUAUACUCCGGGUGAAACCAGAGGUGGCUCUGAUAGAAGUGACGUAAAACCGUUGCAAAUUAUUCAGCCUGAAGGUCCAAGCUUCCGUGUCAAUGGGUAUUUUGUUGAAUGGCAGAAGUGGAAUUUUCGUAUUGGAUUCACACCCAAAGAAGGUUUGGUUAUAUAUUCUGUUGCAUAUGUUGAUGGUAGUCAUGGGCGAAGGCCUGUUGCUCAUAGGCUGAGUUUUGUGGAGAUGGUUGUUCCGUAUGGAGAUCCCAACGACCCACAUUAUCGGAAAAAUGCUUUUGAUGCUGGGGAAGAUGGCUUGGGAAAAAAUGCACAUUCCCUCAAGAAGGGAUGUGAUUGUUUGGGCUACAUCAAGUAUUUUGAUGCUCACUUCACUAAUUUCACCGGUGGGGUGGAAACAAUUGAAAACUGUGUAUGUUUACAUGAAGAGGAUCACGGAAUUCUCUGGAAGCAUCAAGAUUGGAGAACUGGCUUAGCAGAAGUCCGGAGAUCUAGGAGACUUACUGCCUCUUUCAUGUGUACUGUGGCUAACUAUGAGUAUGGAUUUUUUUGGCACUUUUAUCAGGAUGGAAGGAUUGAAGCUGAAGUCAAGCUUACUGGAAUUCUUAGCCUAGGGGCCUUGCUGCCUGGAGAGUUUAGGAAAUAUGGAACCAUGAUUGCACCUGGUCUAUAUGCACCAGUUCAUCAACACUUUUUUGUUGCUCGUAUGGACAUGUCUGUUGAUUCUAAACCAGGUGAAGCUUUGAAUCAGGUUGUGGAGGUCAAUAUGAAAAUUGAGGAACCAGGUGAGAAUAAUGUUCAUAACAAUGCUUUCUAUGCUGAAGAGACUUUGCUUAGAUCUGAAUUGGAAGCCAUGCGAGAUUGUAAUUCUUUGACCGCUCGACAUUGGAUUGUAAGGAACACUAGAACAUGCAAUAGAACUGGCCAGUUGACGGGAUACAAGCUGGUACCUGGCUCAAACUGCUUACCAUUGGCAGGUUCGGAAGCCAAGUUUUUAAGAAGAGCUGCUUUCUUGAAGCAUAAUUUUUGGGUAACAACAUAUUCACGUAAUGAAAUGUUUCCUGGAGGAGAAUUUCCAAAUCAAAAUCCGCGUGUUGGUGAAGGACUAGCUACAUGGGUUAAGCAGAACCGAUCUUUGGAAGAAACUAAUAUAGUUCUUUGGUAUGUAUUUGGAAUCACACAUGUUCCCCGUUUGGAAGACUGGCCGGUUAUGCCAGUAGAGCACAUUGGUUUUAUGCUCACGCCUCAUGGAUUCUUCAAUUGUUCCCCAGCAGUAGACGUCCCACCUAAUGCAUGUGAAAUGGAUUCUAAAGAUAAUGACAUUAAGGAUAAUGGUUCUUCGAAGCCAAUUCAGAGUGGGUUGACGGCAAAGCUUUAGGAACUUGUCCCACCAAAAGUUUGGGUAAGAGAAACUAAAGUACUAUUUUGGUAUCCUGAAAUAUGAAGUUGAGCACUUUAUAUUUUUAAUCUAGAAUAUUUAUUAAGCUGUGAACUAAAAUUCUGAUCUCGUUUAUUCGGGAAAGCUUGUUGGUAAUGUUCGUUUGAUUUUCUUUGUACUCGAGAAUCUGAUUUCAAAUUUGACUUUAGAUGCUGGUAGUGAAACAGUGAAUCUGACGUUAUUAUUUGGUUCAAAAUAAAUGGUUCGAUACCGGGCUUCAUUUCAGGAUUCAA